GCUGCCACUGCCACCACCCUCCCCAGUCGCCGCACAGGGCACGGCCCGCACGCACGCUCCCCUCAGCUCACGCUCUCGCAGCUCUCAAAAUGCAGAUCCUCCGGCUCCUAGCGGCGCGGCGCGCGGCGUCCAACGUCACCUCCGCGGCGCCCGAGCGCCGGGACGGGGAGGUUGACGACGAGGGGCCAUUCUUCGACCUGGACUUCGCCUCAUGCUCCCUCCGCGACUCCUCCUUCAGCUCCAGCUCCGGCGCGCUCUCGGGCUCCGACUCCGACUCCGAUGAGGAGCUCGACUUCGUCAUCUCACUUCAAAGGAGCCGCUCCGCCUCCUCGCCGCUCAAGUUCUGCGCCUCGGAGCCGCCGUCCAAGGCCAAGGCCGCCGGCCGCAAGCGCGGCCUCGGCAGCCUGCGCACGCUCAGCUUCGGUGCCAGGAAGGCCGCGCCGCUCUACGGCGUUGGCAGCCGCAGCUUCGCCCGCAGCAGCUCCGCCAGCGCGCGGUCGCUCCGGCUCUUCAUGGCGACGCCCCACCCCGAGGAGGACGAGCACGAGCGCGCGUCCGAGCCCGCCGGGAGCAGGCGCGUGCCGUCCCGGGACUUGAUCAGGAGGUGCCUGGCCAGGAUCUCGCGGCGGCUCCGCGCAGCCGCGAGCCCGCGCGCCGCGGCCGCCGAGUUGAGGGGCCUCCGUCGCUUGCGCAAGUGCCGGUCGGCGUCCUCCGCUGUGGCCAGCUCCGCGCCGCGCCGCGACGACGACUCGGCGGUCGAGAAGCAGGACGGCAUCGCCGGCGCCAUCGCGCACUGCAAGGAGUCCAUCCACCGGGCCUCCAUGUCCGACUGCGACUCGCCGCUCCUGCGGUCUCGGAGCGACCCGGGGAAAUGCGACGCCGCGUAGCUCGUCCACCUCGCCGAGUGUGGAAGCUUCUGGCUGAACUUCAUUCAGCGAAGAGGAAACAGAGUAGAAGCAGAGCGUCAAAGUGGCAAGAAGAACAUCUUGGUGUGUUGUUUAUGUGUGUCGUGUGUGCUUCACGUCCUAGAGUUUUUAGUUUAAGGAUUUUGGUUAGGUGUAAGCGUGGGAAAAGAGCUCUUUUUAGGCUCCUUUAACCCCCAAUCACAGCCCAUCUCAUGGUCUCAUUCAUGCAUGUAGAUGAACGUGGAUUGUAGCUGUUGCGUC